AUGGUUGAAUGGUUGGUCCAGGGACUAGGAACAUUUCCAAGGAGUAAAAGGUUCCGUCAAUUCAAACGAAAUCCAGUCGAUCGGAAAACCCCCUCGGACUCAGCAGGGGAAUCUAGAAAGCCCCCGGAAGUUGUGUGA